AUGACGGAAAAAGAAUCUUUCGACGGUCUGGCGCGCAUAAUCAAAUGUUCUCUCCAAUUUUUCGGCGUCCUUUCUCUAAACGGACCUCCGACAAUCUGGAAAAAUCGACUCAGUAAAUUUCUAACUGCUUUCACAAUUUUGUGCAUCAGUAGCAUCAUCGUUCAAGUCAUUCAUCUCAUGCUCUCUACGAAUCUUGGCUUUGUCAAGUCAAUCGACACCUUGAACACUGUAGCUGCACUAUUUGGAGGAGGAUUUCGAAUGAUCUUUAUUGCCUGGAAUCGCGUUAAGAUCCAGCGUCUGAUGUCGACGUGUGAGUCGUUGUGGCAGGACGCGAGCCCGAUCGAUUUGAGGAUCAUUUCUGUAUGGACAAAUCGAGCAAAAUUGCUCAGUCUUAGCUUGUGCCUAACGACAGUCGUUGCAGCCGUCUUGUGGAUAUUUUCCCCCAUAAUUAAGCAGGUUACGCCGGGUGCAGUGGUCAGCACGAGGUCUUGGCCAUAUCAAAUAAAUGUGGAUUCCUCGCUGUCUCCGCGAUAUGAAAUUAUCUACGUCAUUCAGUCAGCUUCCGCUACUGUCUGCCUCUAUUCCAUAGUCGGCUGUGAUCUCGUUGGUCCAUUUUUGGCUCUAAACGCUUGCGGGCAGCUCAAACUGAUACAAAAUUGGCUCACCAAUAUUGCGAAGAAAGAGUCAGAACACGGUGAACAACGCAUAGAUCAACAUGUUGAAAAAACUUUGAGAAAGUACAUUCUGCGUCACCAAAUCGUAAUGAAUUUUUGCGCGCAAUUGGAGGAGGCUGUUUGCUACGCCAAUUUGGCGCAAGCUUUGGGCGGACUUUACGUGUUGGGCAUUUCAGCAGCAAGACUGACAAAGAUGCAAGGAUCAGAAAUUUUCCAAUUCUUCAGCACCUUCUUAUGGGCCAUUGGCCAACUGGCCAUCUCAUGUUGGCCAGCGGAGUGCCUCAUCACCGAAAGCACCAUGGUGGCAGAAUCGAUUUACGCAAUUCCUUGGUACCGUUGUUCGAUCCGUACCAGGAACAUGGUUUUGUUUAUGAUGGCACGAUCCCAACGUCCAGCGCGUUUAACCGCUGGAAAAUUUGUUACAUACUCUCUGGGAACUUUAGCUUCCAUUAUCUCUUCUGCGGUGUCAAUAUUCAUGUUGCUGAGGACCAUCUAUUCUGCCACCUAAAUGACGUGCAUGUAUUUACAGUUACAAACUCC